AAAAAAAACUAAACAAUGACGUCAUUUAGCUGCGACAGUCACAGUCUCCACCGUGAAAGCAGCAUGAUGGAAGUCUCUCCUUCUGAAAAUGUUUCUCUCAGGGAGUUCGGUUGUGAACAGACCUUACUCUCUCGUCCGGAUGGAUCGGCCUCUUUUGUUCAAGGCGAUACCAGUGUGAUGGCUGGAGUGUACGGACCCGCUGAGGUGAAAGUCAGCAAAGAGAUCUAUGACAGAGCAACCCUGGAGGUCCUAGUUUAUCCUAAAGUUGGACUUCCUGGUGUGAGGGAACGAUCCCAGGAGCAGUGCGUACGCGAAACCUGUGAGGCAUCUCUUUUUUUAUCUCUUCAUCCUCGUUCCUCGCUCACACUCAUCCUACAAGUGCUACACGAUGCUGGAUCACUCCUGUCCUGCUGUCUAAAUGCAGCCUGCAUGGCCCUGAUGGAUGCAGGCUUGUCUAUGAGUUGCUUGUUUUGUGGAGUGACUUGUGCCAUCAGUACAGAAGGUGAAAUCAUAACAGACCCAACUGCAGCUCAGGAGAAGGAAAGUCGAGCGUUGAUGACUUUUGCCAUCGACAGCAAAGAACACAGAGUAAUGAUGUCAUCAACCCGAGGCUCGUUUUCAGUUCAAGAGCUGCAGCAGUGUAUAGCCAUUAGUCAGAAAGCAUCGGAGAAGAUCUUCCAGUUCUACAGAGACUCAGUGAGGCGGCGGUACUCCAAGAACCUCUAAUCCAAUCUCAAGCUUCUUGCCCACUCCCCCCCCCUUUUUUUUUCUUCUUGUUUUACUUUUUUGUAUAAAGUUGAUAUAAAGACUGCAAUAAAAUAUUCAGCAACCACUUACCCCAUUGGGCUAUCUUCAUUCAGCUCAGGUGUAAAGACAUGUGGACACACUUUGUCAACACACUUUAAUCAGAUUGAGAAAAGAUAAAUAAAGGAUGAAGUGGUGUUAAGUGCAUUUAUUCAUUGAUUCAUUUGUUGAUGUUUCACUUAAAUAUUCACAGUUAACACAUGGAAGCAGAUCUGGCCCAGGGAUUUAUUAGGCCUUCAUACAGAAUUUAAAUGUGGGACCUAAGCCCCAGCUUAGCCCAUUGUACAGCACAUUCAAGACCAUCAACAUCUCCUUUAAAUUAUGCU